GGAUGGGAACAUAAAACUCACUGCAACCAAACGGGCGCCACAAGGAACACAAAAACCCGCUGUAACUCGGUUCUCGCGGGAAAAUCAAAAUCCUAUGCAGCUCAAAAUUCAGUCUGUGAGCCUCGUUGAUUGAUUUAUUCUACUGAAGAAAUCAGUAGAACCAAAUCAAUAAGCAGAAGAAUGUCGAUGAAAGAGAUGGAAAACGAAGAAAAUGAGCCAAAAUUUCCAGGAUUUCCAUACAAGCCCUACUUGAUCCAGAUGGAUUUCAUGAAGGCACUUUAUCGAUCUUUGGAUAAAGGUGGCGUUUCCAUGCUUGAAAGCCCUACAGGGACUGGGAAAACUCUGAGUAUCAUAUGCAGUUCUUUGCAAUGGGUUUAUGAUCAGAGGCAAAAGCAGAAGGACAGAGCAAAAGCUGAAUCUGAUAGGAAUCAAAGUGAUCAUGGUGAAAUUGGCUCAGAUGAUGAACCUGAUUGGAUGAGAAACUUUGUUGCUAACACAGAAGUCCGAAAACAGGAGAAGAAGGUCAAGAAGAAAUUUGGGUUAGGAAAAUCAUGCGAGAGAAAGAAUCAGGAUCCAGAAGUUAUUCCGCGUGUAUUGGAAGAGGAGGAUUGUCAUUUGAAAAAAGAUGGGGUGGAUUUGAAUGAUGAGGAGUUUUUGUUGGAUGAAUAUGAAAGUGAUGAUGAAGUUAGUAUUGGCAGUGGGAAAUCAAAGAGGAAGGUUGGAGGGUGUUUAGCUAGUUCGUCGAGUGAUGAGGAAGGGGAAAAUGAUGCGUCUGAUGAGGAGGAGGAAAAGGAUUUGAAGAUUUAUUUUUGCAGUCGGACGCAUUCGCAGCUCUCCCAGUUCAUUAAGGAGUUGAGAAAGACGAGAUUUACCAAUGAAAUAACAGUUGUUUGUUUGGGAUCUAGGAAGAAUUUCUGCAUUAAUGAAGAUGUUCUAAAACUUGGAAAUGUCACUCGCAUUAAUGAACGAUGCUUGGAGCUUCAAAAGAGCAGAAAAAAUGUAGUCUCCAAAAUUAAGAAUAUAGGUGCAAAUGGAAGAACACGUCGAACUAAGGCUUCUUCUGGAUGCCCAAUGCUUAGAAAACAUAAGCUGCAGAGGCAAUAUAGAGAUGAGGUUUCUCAGCUAGGAGCACUGGACAUUGAAGAUCUUGUUCAACUUGGAAGAGGCAUGGGAACUUGUCCAUAUUAUGGCUCCCGAAGUUUGGUCCCGGUAGCUGAUCUUGUGGUUCUCCCAUAUCAAUCUCUUCUAUCAAAAUCAUCACGUGAAUUUCUUGGACUGAACUUGAAGAAAAGCAUUGUUAUAAUAGACGAGGCACAUAAUCUCGCUGACUCCUUGAUUAGCAUGCAUGAUGCAAAAAUUACACUUUCAGAGUUGGAUCAUGUGCAUUCACUCAUAGAAAAGUACCUUGCAAGAUUUUACAAUCUCUUGGGACCUGGCAAUCGAAGAUAUAUCCAAACUCUGAUGGUUGUUACUCGAGCUUUACGCCAGACUCUAUGUAGUGAAAUGGAUUUGAGCCGUGGAAAUACUUUCCAAGUUGAAGAAAAAGCAGCUGAAGUGAAGCCUGUCCUUGAUAUUUCUAUGGCCAUUAAUGAUUUUCUAUUUUCCCUCAAUAUAGACAACAUUAAUUUGGUCAAAUUGCUCCAGUAUAUAAAAGAAAGCAACUUUAUCCACAAGGUAAGUAAUUAUGGAGAAAAAGUGACUAGCUUGCAGAAAGACCCAGUUCUGAAUGGUAGUGGAGCAUGUGGUGAGGAGCGGAGCUCUCUGUCUAGUUUCCGGGCCUUAGUUGAUAUGUUGGUAUCACUAACCAAUACUGAUGGUGAUGGACGCAUAAUAAUAUCAAAAUCAAGGUCAGCAUGCUCUGGAAGACAAGGAGGAUUCCUCAAGUACGUUAUGCUCACUGGGGAGAAGAUUUUUUCAGAGAUUGUGAAUCAAGCACAUGCAAUUAUACUGGCAGGAGGAACCCUUCAACCUGUAGAAGAGACAAGGGAGAGACUCUUCCCUUGGUUACCACAAAGUCAGCUUCAUUUCUUUUCAUGUAGUCAUAUUGUCCCUCCUGAGAGUAUUUUGCCGAUUGCAGUUUCCCGUGGACCUUGUGGUCAAUUGUUUGAUUUCAGCUACAGCUCUAGAAGCUCACUAAAGAUGAUAGAGGAGCUAGGUCUUUUGCUUUGCAAUCUAGUGGCUGUUGUUCCUGAAGGAAUUGUUGUGUUCUUCUCCUCAUUUGAAUAUGAAGGAAAGGUCUAUGAUGCAUGGAAGACAUCAGGCAUUCUUGAAAGGAUUAUGAAAAGAAAGCGCAUCUUCAGAGAGCCUAGAAGAAAUCCUGAUGUGGAACGCGUUCUCAAGGAAUACAAGGAAACAAUUGAUGGAUUAUCUACUCACGCAAAAGAUGUAGCACCUCACAAUGGUGCAAUACUCCUAGCUGUAGUUGGUGGAAAGAUAUCGGAAGGCAUUAACUUCAGUGAUGGGAUGGGUCGAUGCAUAGUUAUGGUUGGAGUGCCUUACCCAAGCCCAUCUGACGUUGAGUUGAUAGAGAGGGUCAAGUAUAUCGAAAGUUUGGGAGAACCAAAUCCUGUGGAAACCCGCAAAACUUCAGUCAGUGAUGAAUAUUUCAAUGGGGAUGUUCAGGCUGCAUUCAGCAUCCUAAGGAGUUGCAAGCGAAGAGGACAAGAAUAUUAUGAAAAUCUCUGCAUGAAAGCUGUAAAUCAAUCAAUUGGUAGAGCAAUACGGCACAUAAAGGAUUAUGCAGCAAUUUUGUUGGUUGACACGCGUUAUGCAUCUGAUUCCUCAAGAAGAAGCUUCUCUCAUCAAACGAACAAGCUUCCACAGUGGAUUAAAGAUCGUCUUGUUCCCUCAACCAAUAACUAUGGUGAAGUCCACAGGCUACUGCAUCAGUUUUUUAAAUUCAACAAGAAGAGAGAAUUACAAUAAAUGUACCAUUGAAAUUUUUAAUGACAUUAAAGGAAUAAGACAUUAUAGAGGCCAUUGUUGAUCUCAUCAAAAUGGUUUCCUACAAGUGAGUUGGAAAUGGUACCUCAGCCAGUUUUGCAAAAGAAUGUAGCUGCGGUAGGCCAAGGCAAUUUCUUGGUUUAUAUUGUAUGAUACAUAUUCAUAAGCUAUAAAAAGUGGUAUAUCUAAUCUACUGAC